CAACAAGUGCUACCAUACCACGGGUAGCUGCACAAUCGCAAGAAAGCUCAUCGACUGCAAGCAUGGAGACAGUGCCAGCAGACUUCAUUGACGGAGAUUUUAGCGAGGAAGACGACUCUCAAGACGAUGAUUGCUGGGGGAAAUUGUUCCCUCUCGGUCAGAGCUUCACAGUGAUCGAGCUGAAGAAAGAUGAAUACACAUUUGGAAGAGGAGAUAAUUGUGAUAUUCCAUUCAGUGCACCUGCAAAGAAACACCAGUAUUUCCAAGCUUACAGCAAAGUGCAUUUUAAAUUGCUCAGGCAAAAGACCAGUACAGGAGUUCACAUUUUUCUCGAGGAUACAAGUGGAAAUGGAACAUUCAUAAAUGGAGAAAAAGUUGGUAAAGGGAACAAACAGGUGUUAGCAAACAAUGAUGAGGUGUCUUUAGCAGUGAAGAAAAAUAAAGCGUACAUGUUUCUUGACCAUAACGCCAAUGAAGAUACCAGUCUACCCCAGGAAAUUCGAGACAAAUAUACACUAACUAAAACUCUGGGCCGAGGAGCCUGUGGGGAAGUUAAGUUAGCCUUUGCCAAGGGAUCGUGUGAGCGAUUCGCUGUGAAGAUAAUAUCAAAAAAGAAAUUCUCCAUCGGGGGCAGAUCACAAGUUAAUUUAAGUAAACAGGUUAUGACUGAAGUAAAUAUUUUGAAAGCAUUAAAACAUCCUGGUAUUAUAAGAAUAGAAGAUGUGAUUGAUACACCUGAUACUCUUUUUAUUGUCCUGGAAGUUGUAGAUGGAGGGGAAUUGUUUGACAAAGUAGUCAGUAUCGGACAGUAUGAUGAACCAACUGCUAAACUUCUCUUCUACCAAAUGGUGUUAGCUUGUAAGUACCUUCAUGAUCAAGGAAUUACUCACAGAGAUUUAAAGCCAGAAAACAUACUUCUUGCCACAGAAAGCAAUGAAACCUUAAUUAAGGUCACAGAUUUUGGGUUAUCAAAAUUCGUGGAUGCUGGAUCAAUCAUGAAGACCUUUUGUGGAACUCCAACAUAUCUUGCGCCAGAGAUUCUACUCACUGCUGGCUCUGGAUCCUACACAAACAGUAUAGACUGUUGGAGUCUUGGGGUUAUACUCUUUAUUUGUCUGGCAGGGUAUCCUCCUUUUUCUGAUGAGAGGAAGGACAUGGAUUUACCUAAACAGAUCACAGGAGCUCACUACUCCUUCCCUAAACAAUACUGGGCAGGCAUUUCAGAAAAUGCUGUGGACUUGAUAAAAAAGAUGAUGACAGUCGACCCAAAGAAGCGGAUUACAUUAGCUGAGGCCCUGAAUCAUCCCUGGUUCAAGGAUGAAGAGAUGAAAAAGAAAGCCAAUAAACUUUUAUAUCCUGAGCACGAGGGCAUGGCACCACCUUCUCUGCCUACACCACCUAAGAAACGUGUUGCAGAAGGUGUAGAAGAACCACCUGCAAAGCGGAAAAUAUCAACUGAUACAGCUUCGCCACCCGAUACUCCCACCUAACUUUGCAUUACUGAACUCUCUCGCUGAAAAUAUUUUGCCGAGCACUUUAAGAUCAAACAUCUCAACAUAGACUUGUUCUAGACAAUCUGUAUUUUAUAUACCAUUACAUUUUAAUAACUAUCUGAAUAUCUCUGAAUGUACAGCACAAUCAGAGAAGCUGAAUAUCUCUGAAUGUACAGCACGAUCAGAGAAGCUGAAUAUCUCUGAAUGUACAGCACAA